CCUGUAAAACCUGCAGCAGGGUGAGGCUGAACCCAGUCUAGGCUAGUCUCUCCAACAGUCUAGUUUCCUUUGGGACGCAGCUACUUACCCUAAAUAACUAACUAACUAGAUGCACCUGGCUGGGCUUCAUAACACUGAUUUUUUUUUAUGACGCUAAGCUUCUGAUUCUGGAGAAAAACCAUCAGAUUUUAAUCAGUUUGAUCUCAGAAUGAAAAGGAGCGGCGCUUAUCGACUCCUCUCUGUGUUUUCCUGUCUUCUCGUCUUCGUUUUUCUGUUAUUAUUCUGGUUCUUCGUGUUUUAUUCUAUGGUUUUGGCUCCCUGAAACUGAAAGUACGCUUCUGCAGGCUGGAGGAGGAGGCGUCCGGUUAGCUCAUUAGCUAGCUUGUUAGCAUGCUAGCCUGCUUGCUUGCUAGAUAACACGGCUGCAGUUUGAUUUUUAAAGCGAGUUAAGUUAGCCUAGCUUAGCAUAGCUUGGAUUUUUACUGUUAAAGCUCUAGCUACGGGUCUGUUUCUCUGUUUGAGUCUGUUCCGUUACCCAGCCUUUUUAGCAGUGUGAUAGCUAAGAUAACUAGCUAAGAAUACUUGUAAGCUUUAAUGUUUGGGCAAUUUAAAAGUUUGCCAGUUAGCUAACUAGCUUAGCUAGCUUGCUAACGUUAGCCCCCACUAUAUCUAUAUUCACCUAACCAAGGCUGGCUAGCUAGUUAGCUUAGCUAGCUAGCUAAUUAAUACUGUUUGGAGGAAUUUGACGGAUUUCCGCUGCGUUUACACAUGCUUAUAUCGUUUUAAAGCAAUAUAGGCUCUUAUUCGUGAAUAAAGCCGGCGAAUUUGCAAUAAAUAAAUAUAAUUAGCUAACUACUAUAUUAAUAGCUCGUUAGCCAGGUCAGCUAAGAUACAUAAGCUAGCUUAGCGAAGUUCUAGCCUUACAGUUCAGCUGCGCCUGCGCAGUGAGUGCCGACCCCAGUCAUAUGACCUAAACAAGGAAGAGCCUCUGUGUGUGUUUCUCAGGAAGACCCGACUUUGAUGUUCAGAUGGCAGCUGAGUCGGCCCCUCCAAAACUGCAGUUUGCACCAUUCUCCAGUGCGCUGGAGGCCGGCUUCUGGCACCAGCUCACCCAGAAGAAGCUAAAUGACUACCGUCUAGAUGAAAGUCCAAAAAACAUCAAGGGUUAUUAUUAUAAUGGUGACCCGUCUGGCCUGCCGACUCGCCUGACCCUGGAGUUCAGCGCGUUUGAUACUGAUGGACCCACCCCAGCCCACUGCUGUCCUGCAGUAGGCACCCUGUACAACACCAAUACCCUGGAAGCCUUUAAAUCUACAGACAAGAAAGCUCUUCUAGAUAAUGCAGCUAAUGAGAUUUGGAAUGCCAUAAAGUCAGGAGCUGCAGAGGAGGACCCUACAGUCCUCACAAAGUUCAUCCUACUGACCUUUGCGGAUCUGAAGAAAUACCACUUCUAUUACUGGUUCUGCUUCCCUGCUCUCUGCUUUCCGGAGGGAAUCCAGUUAGUGAAGGACCCUGUCUUACUGGAGCAGAAAUUCUCCCCCAAACAGAUAUCUUCCUUUCAAGUGGCGUAUGACGCUCUUUGUUCCUCGAGUGGAGCCACAGCUGUCCCGUACUUUCUGCUGAAGUACUCUGAGGAGAACGUUGAAGUGGCCCUGCUGAAGGACUGGAGCUCUUUCUUCACAGACCUUAAGAAGGUGACAGUGGGUGUGUAUGACCCGUGCACUCUGUCUCAGCACCCCGGCUGGCCCCUGCGUAAUUUUCUGGUCCUGCUUGCCAGUAAAUGGGGUCCUCAGCUGGACGUGGUGGAGGUUCUGUGCUUCAGGGACCGGACGCUCCAGGGCGCUCGCUCGGUUCAGCACAGCAUCGUUUUUCAGGUCAGGCUUCCCGGCCUGUCCCUCACCGCAGCUCUAAUUCCAGCACAGAACCAGCUGACCUCACCAGCCUGUCGAGUCCAGUUAGAUAAAUUAGCUUGUCCAAAGAGUGUGGGCUGGGAGAAGAAUCCUAAAGGGGCAAUGGGACCAAGAAUUGUCAAUCUCAGUGAAUGUAUGGAUCCAAAAAGGCUUGCAGAAUCGUCGGUUGAUCUGAAUCUUAAGUUGAUGCGCUGGCGUCUGGUCCCCUCGCUGGAUCUGGAUAAGGUCGUAUCCACUAAAUGUCUGUUACUUGGGGCGGGAACUCUGGGCUGCAAUGUGGCGAGAACACUGAUGGGCUGGGGAGUGAGACACAUCACGUUUGUGGACAACGCGAAGAUCUCGUACUCGAACCCGGUGCGCCAGCCGCUGUACGAGUUUGAGGACUGUCUGAGUGGAGGCAAGUCUAAAGCCCUGGCUGCUGUGGACAGAUUACGCAAGAUCUUCCCCGGAGUGAACGCCGAGGGCUUUAACAUGAGCAUCCCCAUGCCAGGCCACCCGGUGAAUUUCUCCGAGGUGACGAUGGCGCAGGCCCGGCGAGACGUGGAGCAGUUGGAGGCGCUGAUUUCGGCUCAUGACGUCGUCUUCCUGCUGAUGGACACGCGGGAGAGCCGGUGGCUGCCCACGGUCGUCGCUGCCAGCCAGAGGAAGCUUAUCGUUAAUGCUGCUCUGGGAUUCGACACCUUCGUGGUAAUGAGGCACGGCCUGAAAAAACCCAAAGCCUCGGAUACUGCAGCCUCCAGCCCUUCAUCAGCCUCUCCAUCUCUCUCUGACUCCUCCUCAUCCUCCACCACUCCUGCAGUACCGGGAACGUCACUGUUCUCCAACAUACCUGGUCACAGACUUGGCUGCUACUUUUGUAACGAUGUCGUUGCCCCUGGAGACUCGACCCGGGACCGGACGCUGGACCAGCAGUGUACUGUUAGCCGGCCUGGACUCGCCAUGAUCGCCGGAGCUCUGGCGGUGGAGAUGAUGAUCUCUAUACUCCAGCACCCAGAGGGAGGCUAUGCAGUGGCCAGUAGCAGUGAUGACCGCAUGAAUGAGCCCCCGACCUCACUCGGCCUCGUCCCUCAUCAGAUCCGAGGUUUUCUGUCCAGGUUUGAUAAUGUUCUGCCUGCAAGUUUGGCGUUUGACAAAUGCACGGCCUGUUCACCUGUGGUACUGGACCACUACGAGCGAGAAGGAUUCCAGUUCUUAUCGAAGGUUUUUAACUCCUCCCAUUCUUUCCUGGAAGACCUGACUGGAUUGACGUUGCUGCACCAGGAGACCCAGGCGGCUGAGAUUUGGGACAUGAGUGAUGAUGAGAGUAUCUGAAGAUGAAUCCAGUGAAGAACGGCUGCAGGAGAUCACAGAGCACUUAACCAGGAACUCCAGCAACUUUUACAAUUCUCUGCAUCAACUUCAGUGUUUGAGAAGAACCUGUUCAGAGUGAGGGUGUGAAAUUGUGGUUACUGUGGUUUAUUGGGGUGAACAGAACUAUAGCAGGGGUCGCUACAUAUAUAGAUCUAAAAAGUCAUUUUUUUUUUAUUCACAGAACUCGGACAAAAACCUUAUAAAAGCAUUUUAUAAGAUAAACACUAAGACGUUCAUAAGAAUGCAAACUGGAGAAAAGGCAGAAUGAAUCUAAGCAUUUAAACAUUUUUAAUAAACAAGAGCAAUAAGGGAAUUUUCCAUAUGUAGACAUUAAGAUUCAGUUUCUCAAACAGAGAUUAAACUCAAGUCUGUCUGUUUGCAUAAGGGGAGAAGCCAAAAUACUGGAAACCAAACGUUGGUUUUCUGUUUUAGUAAUAUACAGCUCUGAAUAAAAAUAAGAGACCACCUAAAAAGGAUGAGUUCAUUUUUUUAUUUUACCAAAUAAAAAAGACUCUGGAAUAUAAUCAAGAGGAAGAUGGAUGAUCACAAGCCAUCAAGCCAAGCUGAACUGCUUAAUUUUUUUGUACCAGGAGUGAGUAGCAUAAAGUUAUCCAAAAGCAGUGUGUAAAACUGGUGGAUGAGAACAUGCCAAGAUGCAUAAAACUGUGAUUAAAAACCAGGAUUAUUCCACCAAAUACUGAUUUCUGAACUCUUAAAACUUUAUGAAUAUAAACUUGUUUUUUUGCAUUAUUUGAGGUCUGAAAGCUCUGCAUCUUUUUUAGUUAUUUCAGCCAUUUCUCAUUUUCUGCAAAUAAAUGCUCUAAAUGACAAUAUCUUUAUUAGGAAUUUGGGAGAAAUGUUGUCUGUAGUUUAUAGAAUAAAACAACAGUGUUCAUUUUACUCAAACAUAAACCUAUAAAUAGCUAAAUCAGAGAAACUGAUUCAGAAACUGGAGUGGUCUCAAUUUUUUUAGAGCUGUAUAUGAUUUAAAUUUAAAUUACUGAUACAAUCUUUGACUCAAAAAUGCACAAACAUGUUUUUUUUGGCUUGGUAUGGCUACUGCACCUGUGCAUAUCUCCACAGUAUGGGGGCUUCCAAAGUUGCAUGCUUAUAGUCAGCAAGCUGAUUGGCUGUUUUUGCUGAAGGGCGGGACUUUAUUAGCAUGGCAGCAGUGGCUUGUGCACUCAGUAAUAAGGUCUCUUUAGUAAAUCUAGUGAUAGACUGUAUUCUUAAUUCAGUAUAAAAUCAACAUUCUUAAAUGCAGGUUAAUCCAGCACUAGGUUUAAUCCCUGUCUGGGGAAACAGAGUUUAAUCCCUGAACAGAGCAUUUCACACCAAACAUACCCUGAAUGAUGAUGAUUACAUCUUAAAACUUUCACUUUCUGCAGAGGAUUUUUAUUUCCCUUUAACACAUCAUGAAAACUGGUAACUGUUUGCACCAGAAAUGAUCUCAAGUUCAGAAAUGACCUAACAGAUACAAGGAACGAAUGCAUAUAACAUAUUGAUGGACACGAUGGAUAUGAUGGUCAGUUACAUCAUUUGUACACCAUUCAUCUGCUGUGCUGAUGUUUAUCACCAAAGUUAAACUGUUUCAAGUUGUACCUCAUACUUGAUCAAAACCUCAUUAAAUAAUAUGUUUACUCUCUUCACUCAAACUGAACUUCAGUACUGUAACAUCUCACUGUAUCUCUCACUGUCUAAUAAACUCAGUCUGUCUCGCUGCUUCA